CGAUGUCAUCCUACGAGUGAACGAGGCGGAUGUUCGUGAUGUCACGCACAGUCGAGCCGUGGAGGCUCUGAAAGAGGCGGGUUCUCUGGUGCGGCUCUACGUCCGUCGCAGGAAACCCGUGUCGGAAAAGCUGAUGGAGCUCAAACUGGUGAAGGGACCCAAAGGACUGGGCUUCAGCAUCGCAGGUGGAGUAGGAAACCAGCACAUCCCCGGAGACAACAGCAUCUACGUCACCAAGAUCAUCGAAGGUGGAGCUGCGCACAAAGACGGGAGGCUGCAGAUCGGAGACAAACUACUGGCCGUGAACAGUGUUGGUCUGGAGGAAGUCAGUCAUGAACACGCCGUCACCGCCCUGAAGAACACCCCCGACGUGGUUUAUCUUAAAGUGGCCAAACCCAACAGUGUCUUCAUCAACGAGGGCUUCGCUCCGCCCGACCUGACCAGCUCCUACUCCCAGCACGUGGAGAACCACGUAACUCCGCCCACCUUCCUCGGUCAGCCCCUCCCCCAGCCUGCAUCAUCAGGACGCUACUCACCAACCCCGAAGAGCAUGCUGGGAGAUGAGGAGGUUUCACGGGACCCCAGGAAGGUGGUCCUGCAGCGAGGAGGCACAGGUCUGGGCUUCAACAUCGUGGGUGGAGAAGACGGAGAAGGAAUCUUCAUCUCCUUCAUCCUGGCUGGAGGUCCAGCUGAUCUGUGUGGAGAACUGAGGAAGGGGGACAGACUGGUCUCUGUGAACGAUGCUGAUCUAAGAAACGCCACACAUGAACAGGCGGCCGCCGCGCUGAAGAAUGCUGGCCAGAACGUGACCAUCAUCGCCCACUACAGGCCGGAGGAGUACAGUCGAUUCGAGGCCAAAAUCCACGACCUCAGAGAGCAGAUGAUGAACAGCAGCAUCAGCUCAGGGUCUGGAUCUCUGAGGACCAGCCAGAAGAGGUCGCUGUACGUCAGAGCUCUGUUUGACUACGACAAGACCCGGGACUCCGGUCUCCCCAGCCAGGGCCUGAACUUCAGGUUCGGAGACGUCCUCCACGUGGUCAACGCCUCCGACGACGAGUGGUGGCAGGCUCGCCAGCUGACGGCUCAGGGCGCGGUGGAGGAGGUGGGCGUGAUCCCCAGUAAGAGACGGGUAGAGAAGAAGGAGCGAGCCAGGUUAAAGACGGUGAAGUUUAACGCCAAGUCUCGGGAUCGAGGGGUGAGUCAGUCACUCAAUGACAAGCAUAAAAAGAAACUUUUUUCGCGAAAGUUUCUGUUUGCAAAGAGCAAAGAGGCGAGCGAGCAGGAGACCAGCGACGUGGACCAACAUGUGACUUCCAACGCCAGCGAUAGUGAGAGCAGCUACCGUGGACAGGAAGAGUACGUCUUGUCGUAUGAACCAGUCGUCCGGUCUGAGGUUCACUACACUCGCCCCGUCAUCAUCCUUGGACCCAUGAAGGACCGGGUCAACGACGACCUGAUAUCGGAGUUCCCCGACAAGUUUGGUUCCUGUGUUCCACAUACCACCCGGCCCAAGCGAGAGUACGAGGUGGACGGUCGGGAUUAUCACUUUGUGGUUUCCAGAGAGCAGAUGGAGAAGGACAUCCAGGAGCACAAGUUCAUCGAGGCGGGACAGUACAACAACCAUCUGUACGGGACCAGCGUUCAGUCGGUGCGCCAGGUGGCCGAGAAGGGGAAACACUGCAUCUUGGACGUGUCGGGAAACGCCAUCAAGCGCCUGCAGGUGGCGCAGCUCCAUCCGAUUGCUGUCUUCAUCAAACCCAAGUCUGUGGAGAACAUCAUGGAGAUGAACAAACGACUGACGGAGGAGCAGAGCAGGAAAACCUACGAGAGAGCCUUGAAACUGGAGCAGGAGUUCACUGAGCACUUCACAGCCAUCGUCCGGGGAGACUCUCUGGAGAACAUCUACGACCAGGUGAAGCAGAUCAUCGAGGACCAGUCUGGACCUGUCAUCUGGAUCCAGUCCAAGGAGAAACUCUGAACUCCAGCUGCACUCCUCCUGCUCCCCUCUCUGACCUUCUCUUCUUCCUGUUUGUCUCCUUCACCUCCAUCCUUCACCUCCAUCCUUCACCUCCUGGUGUCACCGGGCCAGAACAAGUUUUCUCCUCAUCCCCCCCCCCCCCCCCCCCCCGCCUCUCC